AUGGCCACUCUAGCUAUGGCAACCAACAGCCUUGUAACUGGGGCGGUGAUUGUUGUUACGGCAUCAAUCGCAAGAGAUUUGCACAUGACACAGGCUCAAAUCAGUUGGAUCAGUGUUGCCACCAUUCUUUCUGCGGGCGCUCUUCAACUACCUUUAGGUCAACUGACUGAUCUUCUUGGGCGCAAGUCUUUCUUCAUAGCGGGAAUGGUUGGCGUUAGUGUCAGCAGCCUUAUACUCGGUUUUUCUCAGAACCCGUUCCGGAUGAAUAUUCUUUGUGGUUUCCUUGGGCUCUUUUCAGCCGUCAUCGUCCCUCCAGCGAUUGGAAUACUUGGCGCUGCGUAUUCGGAGCCGUCGAAGCGCAAGAACUGGGCAUUUGCUUGCUUCAGCGCGGGAAAUCCUGUGGGAUUCGGGCUUGGGAGCAUAAUUAUGGAAAUAUCAGCCAAAAUAUUUGAUUGGCGUGCAGGUUUCUUCUUCUUCACUAUUCUUUGGGGAUUGUUGACUAUUGUACUAACCGCAGCGCUGAAGAAACUUGACAUUAUCGGAAUAGCUCUGACUAUUGUUGGCGUUGGGCUUUUCACAACUGCUUUGACACUUGGUCCGGUGGAUGGCUGGAAAUCUCCUCAUGUCAUUGCAAUGCUAAUCGUUGGCUUCUCCCUUCUCGCGGGGUUUGUCAUUUGGGAAAAGAAUUGCUCUUCCGUAUCCAUCUUUGGAGUCAUGUCGAUGCUUUCAUCCAACUUUUGGCUUGCUCUGUUUUUACAAGAAGUCCAUCACCGAUCUGCUUUGACUGUUGCAGUAAGCUUUCUGCCACAAGUCAUUUCUGCUCUCAUAUCCAACGUGGUGGCAGCAAAUAUCCUUCAUCGAGUCAAUAAUAGUCUCAUCAUGGCCUUUGGUGCUGCCAUGUACCUCGUCGCAAAUCUACUGCUUGCUUUACCAUCUCACCAGCAAUCAUUAGCAGGUGGUAUCUUUAUGUUUAUUCGUCUGGGGACGACAAUUAUUUUCGGAAUGUCUACAGCAGUAUACGGUUCUGUCAAGGAUACAACGCAAGGACCGGAUGAUGCCUUUAAACCUUACAGGAGCGCCUUUUACGUUUCGCUUGGAUUUGCCGCUUUGGCUUGUUUAUUUGUCCCUUUUCUGCGCAUAGGUACACAGGGAAAUUCGCCAAAAGAAGAAUAG